ACACUAAAAAUGCCCAAAUCACAGUGGCCUAACAAUUAACCAAUGGUAAAAGCGUCCACCAUCUCCACUGGUUCACCGAGCAAUCGAUGGGCAGACGUGGAGGAGAGCAAAUCCAAAUUCUCAACUUGCACAGCCCUAGGGACUUUGAGUCCUCCUCCCUCUGAUGCUACAAAACCCUAAGCUCAACCUUAAAUUGUGAUGCCUGUUACAGUUGUAUCUCCAUCUACCGUGAGACACCAUGAAUUGCUAAGGCCUUUCAGCAUCAGAUACUCAUCGCUGUUCGCUUUUAAGAACUUGUGGGGAAGUGUCCGUAUUAGUGCCAGUCGAAGCAGCAGAUACCCAUCUUUCAUGGCGACCCUGUCGACAGAUUCGGCCCAAAAGGAGGCAGUCUCGGAUCGGGAGGAGCAGGCCAAGAACACCCAUCAGCCGUUGCAGGUUGCAAGGCGCCUGGAGAAGUUCAAAACAACAAUCUUUACACAAAUGAGUAUGCUUGCAAUCAAACAUGGAGCAAUAAACCUUGGCCAAGGUUUCCCGAACUUUGAUGGCCCUGAGUUUGUGAAAGAAGCAGCAAUUCAAGCCAUUAAGGAUGGGAGAAACCAAUAUGCACGUGGGUAUGGAGUUCCUGAAUUCAACUCUGCCAUUGCUGCUCGAUUCAAGAAAGAUACUGGACUGGUGGUAGAUCCUGAUAAGGAAGUUACUGUCACCUCAGGGUGCACAGAAGCAAUUGCUGCAACCAUGUUAGGCUUGAUAAAUCCUGGUGAUGAAGUGAUUCUCUUUGCUCCAUUUUAUGAUUCUUACGAAGCUACUCUUUCUAUGGCUGGUGCCAAAAUAAAAUGCAUCACCUUACGGCCUCCAGAUUUUUCUGUCCCAAUUGACGAGCUCAAGUCCACAAUUACGAAAAAUACGCGUGCUGUUUUAAUGAACACUCCACAUAACCCGACAGGAAAAAUGUUCACUUGGGAAGAACUUAACACCAUUGCAGCUCUUUGCAUCGAGAAUGAUGUGCUAGUAUUUACCGACGAAGUUUAUGAUAAGCUGGCCUUUGAAAUGGAUCACAUUUCAAUAGCUUCGCUUCCGGGGAUGUAUGAACGGACUGUAACCAUGAAUUCCUUAGGGAAGACAUUUUCCUUAACAGGCUGGAAGAUUGGGUGGGCAAUAGCCCCACCCCAUCUGACGUGGGGAGUGCGGCAAGCACACUCAUUUCUCACUUUUGCGACUUCAACCCCAAUGCAGUGGGCAGCAGCAGUUGCCCUCAGAGCUCCGGACUCCUACUACAAGGAGCUAAAGAGGGACUACAUGGCAAAGAAGGCAAUUUUGGUGGAGGGAUUGAAAGCUGUUGGUUUCAAGGUGUUUCCAUCAAGUGGAACGUACUUUGUGGUGGUAGAUCACACGCCAUUUGGCCUCGAAAAUGAUGUUGCCUUCUGUGAGUUUCUAAUCAAGGAAGUUGGGGUGGUAGCUAUUCCAACCAGCGUUUUCUACCUAAACCCAGAAGAUGGCAAGAAUCUCGUAAGGUUUACGUUUUGCAAAGAUGAGGGGACCUUGAGGAGUGCAGUUGAAAGGAUGAAGGAGAAGCUGAUGAGAAAAUGAUCCAGCUGCAAAGGGCUCCACUCUUUUGAUCGAUCUGCUGCUGGUGUGCUGUGGGAGUAGAAGAUAUGGUGUUGUAGUUCAAAACAAGGAGGAAUAGAGGUAAUAAUAAGUGUUAUUCCCAGCUGGGACAUUAACCUAAAUUUAUGAAUCAAAUAGAUUGAACCUUUUGAUUGAA